GGAGUGGAAACGCUGUUUCCAAAUAAAGCCUCUACGACCGAGAAAGGCGUUCAUUAACAGACGUUCGAUCUGUACGAGCGUUUGGCCGCUCUGUUUGUGUUUCAUUACCUAUAAUUUCUCUCACAGUGUUACAGUUGCACCGUAGUACAUACUAAACAACAAUGAGUGACGCCGAGAAGGAAUUCGUGGAGCGGGUUAAGGUUGGAAGAAGAGAAAUCUGGACGAAGUCAAAUGUCAAGUUGUUAAUGCGAAUAAUUUGAAGCUGAAUUUUCAGUGCAUGCUAAUUUUCGGAGCAAAAGAAGUUCCCAUAUAGCAUUUAUGGGCAGUGAGAGAAAUGGGGGAAGAGGAAUGAAGUCAGAAAUGAAAUUGAAACUGAAGAAAGAAGAAAAGAUGUGUUAUGAAGUUAAGAUCAGAAGUUAUCUGGGAUAAGAUCGCAGCGCUAAGUAACUCUUAGUAUGUUUGUCCCAUGCGUGCAUGCAUAAAUCUUCUGUUGUCCAUUUGUAUUGCAAUAGUUAUUAUUGUCCUGUAGCAUGACAGAUUUACAGCUAGUUAUUUUUAUAAAUUUUCUGAUGCAUUACAUGUCAAACAACUGCAAAUUCCUAUGUUGUAAGUGCUUCAAAGUAAAUGUACACUAUUAACACUAGUUCAUGUACCUGCAGGGAACAGGCCAUCAUCACUGCAUAUUAUCCUAGACUAGAAUGGUCUCAAACCCAUUUAUAUGCACACAAUAAUUAGUUAAACAUUCUCAGUCUGACCACGUUGUCUGGCGCUAACGUGAUUUGGAUGUGGUUGGUUUAGGAGUCCCGUUCCACCUCUAGGAGCCCAAGUCCUAGAGGAUCUGCUAAGUCAGCCAGUCGCUCGCCGGAGCGCUCACCUGCUCAGUCGAAAGAGGGGUCCCACCACACUCGCUCCAAGUCCCGUUCUCGCUCCAGGUCCAAGACUAGGUCUCGCUCCCAUCGGAGUUCUCGCCGGCACUACAGUCGUUCCCGCUCGCGCUCUCAUUCUCGCCGGAGACGUUCACGCAGCCGCUCAUACAGCAGCGAAUACCGCCGCCGCCGCAGUCAUAGUCAUUCUCCUAUGUCCAACCGCAGACGUCACGUUGGAGACCGGGCAAACCCAGACCCAAACAGCUGCCUGGGAGUAUUCGGCCUGAGCCUGUACACCACAGAGAGAGACCUGAGGGAGGUCUUCUCCAAGUUUGGCCCUCUGAGUGAUGUCUGCAUUGUGUACGACCAGCAGUCUCGGCGCUCUAGGGGUUUCGCUUUUGUCUACUUUGAGAACAGAGAAGAUUCAAAAGAGGCUAAAGAGCGUGCGAAUGGAAUGGAGCUGGACGGCCGCAGAAUCAGAGUCGACUACUCAAUUACCAAGAGGCCACACACACCUACUCCAGGAAUAUAUAUGGGCAGACCAACAUAUGGCGGAGGCCCGAGUGUAAGCCGUCGGCGUGAUUACUACGAACGAGGCUAUGAGCGUGGAUACGAUCGCUAUGAUGACCGAGACUACUACAACAGCAGGUCAUACAGGAGAAGAUCCCCCUCUCCCUACUACGGCCGAGGACCGUACAGGUCAAGAUCACGCUCUCGCUCCUACUCCCCUCGUCAUUACUGAAGUGAAGUUCCCCUCCCUUUCGCCCUCCCUGAAGAUGAUGUUGAUGACAGUGACAUUGUUGAUGACGUAGAUGUUUAUUUCUGGUGGCAUGAGUUUGGAUGUACUUUAAACUCAAUCCCAUUGAUUUCUUGCCUAAAGGUUUCAUGUGUCUUUGACCGGUCUGGAUGUUUCAGUAGUUUGAAUAUUAAUAUUUUUGCACUGUUCAUUUUUUUUUUUUUUUAAUUUUUUCUGUCUGAUCUGAUGCUGAACUUGCGUUUAUUUUAUAUGAUAAAGUGUCCUGCUCAAACCCCAUUAUGUUUUUAUGCGUUUUAAGCUUAGCAGUGGUCUUGCAAUAAACUGCUUUAUACCUCC